UUGUUUUUCUUGUCACAAGCUACAAGCAUGGUAUCCCGCUCCCUGGUUUCGGGGCACUUGGAACUUUAGUGCCUGUCCAGUUGGCAAUUCCCUCCAUUGGAGCCCCCAGAAAAAGCGCCGCAAAUUAAGCAUAAAUUCUUCUAAUUAUCCCCAUGACAGAAUAAAGUACACUUUCUGUUAUUUUUAAUAAUAAUAAUUGUUGUUUUCUCAUGAUCGUGGAGUAUAUAUUUUGUUUUGUAGCUCGGGUAAUGAAUAAUUGGCCUCAACCGACCUACAAUUGUUUCUGCAAAUCAUGGCAUCAUCAGAUAUUUUCUCCUGACUUUCAGUUUACAUGGUUUCUUUCUACCUACCAAGACUUGCUCCUCGUUGCUUGCUUCCUUAGGAUGGUUUACUCAUAAAAUGUUAAUGUAACUAUACAAGUGAGGUACGGUGUAUAAGCCCUGUAACAGUGACAGCUGUUUCAGGUGUAAUCAAAUGUAAAUAUCUGUGUCAAAAUUUACCUCUCUUUACCACAAAACACUUUACAACUGCCUUGAUGAGUACGUUUAAUUUUGAGCAAAGACAUAAUGAUUUUAUUCCUUCCCAUGGGCCAUUUAUCUUUGCUUCUUUGGUUAAAAAGUUGGUUAGCUGGCUAGAUACCUGCUGAUUUUCGAGCAUCACUUUUGGUAUUCCUUAACAGAUUACAGAAUUGAAUAUGAGGGAGAAAUUCACCAGGCUAUCUACCCCACUGCUGUACUUUAACAUAGCAAACGAAACCAUGAGCAAAUCUCCAGGACAUCCGAAACAUGAGACAAGUGAUUAUGCUUGCUAUGAAUUUGAUCCUCAGGUGAACUUUUCACAGUUUCUAGAAGAAGCUAGACAACAUGCAAGAGACAUAAACUUCCAGCGGUCAUCUUCAUGUUCAGAGGAAGUGGGAAAAAAAAGAGGAGAGAAAAAGAGCAAGAAAUCAUGGAAGAAUUCUCUCUUCUCAUGGUGGAAAAUUGACAGAAAGAGCAAACCUAGUCCAGAUCCAGUCGAUGGUCUUAAUAUUUCCAAGCCAACUAAAGGCUAUGGUUCUGGUCCAUUAUGCGGAACUGCCAGGGGAGUCGAUACACGGCGCCGGCGUCCUUCAUCAGGGCCAGUCUCCAUCCUUUUCCACCCCACAAGGAAAGUAGAGAGUGAGGUACCUUAUGUGUGUCUUGACCAGCCUAACGACCCUUAUCAAAUCAACGCCUAUGGACCUGUCUAUUUGGUGACAUAGUGUAUCUCCCGGGGCUUCGGCAUUAGUUUAGCCAAGAAAAAGGUGCCCCACCUGGCAAAUGUGGGGAAUUUGUAACAGAAACCAUAGCGUAUUAUAAUUAAUGAGGUAGUAAUUAGAUAUCAAUAAUCUGAAUCUCAGUUCUCAUAGGUAUAUAGUGGGGCAUUUAACAGAAGAGGCCCGUAACUAGACGCAGCGCUAUUAGUUAAUUCGAGUGAUAAGAGAUUUAAGUCGUAAAAGUGAUCCAUGUACUCAUUGAACUUGGAUUUCAUUUCUGUCUUCCUUACUCCAUUGUAUUUUAA